GGAGGACCCCCAGGCAGGGACCGGCGCUGGCUCGGCGGUCCCGGGGCCCGGCUCGCCCGCCGGCAUGGAGCUGGCGCUGCAGCCCGCCUCCCCGCGGGCGGCGCCGAGGCGGGGCGGCCUGUUCGGCUGGCUGCGCGGGCGCUGCCUGGGCCGCAGCGCCGCCGUGGACCCGGCGCGGGACACCUUCGGCGCCAUGACCGGGCUGUACGGAUCCAUCCAGCCUGCCGACUCCGUGUACCUCAGUACCCGCACGCACGGCGCCGUCUUCAACCUGGAGUAUUCGCCUGACGGGUCAGUGUUGACUGUUGCUUGUGAACAGACUGAAGUACUGCUCUUCGACCCCAUAUCUUCAAAGCACAUCAAAACCCUCUCUGAAGCUCAUGAAGACUGUGUGAAUAAUAUCAGGUUUCUGGAUAAUCGACUGUUUGCCACCUGCUCUGAUGACACCACCAUAGCCCUCUGGGACCUGAGGAAGCUGAACACCAAGGUGUGCACGCUGCAUGGCCACACCAGCUGGGUGAAGAACAUAGAGUAUGACACCAACACCAGGCUGCUGGUAACAUCAGGCUUUGAUGGGAAUGUCAUCAUCUGGGACACCAACAGGUGCACAGAGGAUGGAUGUCCCCACAAGAAGUUUUUUCACACCCGUUUUCUCAUGCGCAUGAGGCUGACGCCAGACUGUUCCAAAAUGCUGAUCUCCACCUCCUCUGGAUACCUUCUAAUCUUGCACGACCUUGAUCUAAACAAGUCAUUGGAGGUUGGCAGCUACCCGAUUUUGAGAGCUAGGAGAACUGCAUCAAAUUCAGACAUCAUCUGGUCAUCGGGUUCCUCUGGCCUUCGAGCUGUGGGUUCACCGUGUCAUCAGAACGAUUCCAGUCCCCUGUCUGAGAAACACAUGUCGAGGUCCUCCCAGCGAGAAGGUGGGUCGCCAAGAAAUAGCUUGGAGGUCCUAACACCAGAGGUUCCUGGAGAAAGAGAUCGAGGCAACUGCAUCACAUCACUACAGCUGCACCCCAAAGGGUGGGCUACGCUUCUUCGGUGCUCAAGUAACACAGAUGACCAGGAGUGGACUUGUGUCUACGAGUUCCAGGAAGGGGAUCCAGUGCACCCAGUCUCGCCGCGCUGCUCCCUGCGGCUGACUCACUGCAUCGAGGAAGCCAACGUGGGCCGGGGCUACAUCAAAGAACUCUGCUUCAGCCCCGACGGCCGCAUGAUCUCGUCCCCGCACGGCUUCGGGAUCCGCCUGCUGGGCUUCGAUGCCCACUGCAGCGAACUCGUUGACUGUUUGCCCAAAGAAGCCAGUCCCCUGAAAGAAAUCCGUUCCCUCUACUCCCACAACGACGUGGUCCUGACAACCAAGUUCUCUCCAACACACUGUCAGAUUGCCUCGGGGUGCCUUAGUGGACGUGUUUCGCUCUAUCAGCCAAAGUUCUAGGCACAUCUUGCAUCAGCAGGACCUUCAGAUGUUUGUGUUUUUUACUUCAGUUUAGUUGAAGUGUGUUCUUUUUGAAGUCUCUGAAUCCAGAGGAGACCAUAGUUACUUUGAUCUUGGAGGUCUCUUCCAACCAUGUAGAUUCUAUGAUACUUUGAUCUCUGAACACAGCAGUGGAAGAAGUUUCCAGUCUGGCAUCCACAAGGCCCUUCCAUGUGCUGUGAGACCCCUGCUCCUGCUGACCCGGUGCCACUGAGUCACUGUUUGGGUUGUUUGUACCAUAGUGCUCAUGGGCAGUUGCUCCACUGCCACUUGAGCCACCUGGGACGCAUGUGGAGGGGCAGGGGCAGCAGCUCUACCAGAGCUUGCUGAGGCUCUCCCAGCAUGACCCCUCCUUGUUCCAAAGGAGCUGGACUUUGCACUUGGACUUCCUCAGCCUUUUCUGUCACUGAAACUACUGGAAGGUAGUUAUGAGACAAUGAGCUGCUUUUUUAUGUAACCAACACCACAAGUUACUGUCAAAAAGAAAAGAGAAAUUUGUUUUUGUUUAUACAUAGAUUUGGUUGGUUGUGGUUGGCUAAGAGUCAACUCUGUAAUGUUUUUCUGCACUUAAAACAUCCCGUUUUCUGUGAUUGCACACACUAAGAAGUUCUAGAUGGAGAUGUAGCUGCAUUUUACUUUUUUUUUUUUCUUUCUCAAUUUAAUAGGAAAAGACUGGAGCAGGGAAGUAGGAGUUGAGUGGGUAAAGACCUUACCCCGUGAUGCCCAGAGGGGAACUCUUUUAAUGCUGGGUAUAGUUGGGCUGCCCUUGGCUGUGACUGCUGCCUCCAGAGUUGCUGCUGUAGGGAGCUUUCUACAGCAGUGACAUAAACCUUCAUCCCAUGCUUGAAACUUAAUGCUGCACAAUCUCCUGCUGGUGUUAAGGCUCUUUUCCAUGUGACUGUUCUUCCACACCUUGCCUGCACCACUGUUGUGAGGAAUUGGCCCAGGACGUGUCCGUAACAUCACCAGAAAAGCCUUUCUCAACAGGGACUGUUGGUUUGGGGAUGGGUUAAAAGCAUGCCUGUCUACAGUAAGGUCUACUUGGAUUUAACUGGGCUUGCUUGAGCUGUGAAAGCUGUUGAUGUUCAGCAUUAAAUCACAUGCAAAGAGUGAGUGCUGAGUCUCCACCCCUCCAGUGAAUAGGGCUAACCUUGUAAAUGCAUGGAUGAUGGUCUUAUAUGUCUGAGCUUGUAGCAGUCUCAUCACUUACUAGUUCCAGGACUUUUGGGGUUUUGGUGCUUCACUAAAGUCUUGCAGUUACCCUGACCUCAGCAAGUUUACCUAGGCAGGGCCACCACUUUCUGGAACGCAGCCUUGCUGUCUCCAGCUCCACAGAACACACUUUGUGGCUCUCACAAAGCCUUUUGCAGCCCUUGUGUUUUGGGAUCGAGGAGACGUCCACCGGAGUGAGAGAGCUGGGAGUGUGUGACCUGACCGUUCCCUUGUAGCUCUGAAUUUGUGAAGGUUCCGUUCACUGGGUGGUGGUGAAGUCAUUGAAACCUAAAGCCUCUCUGCAUUGUGAGGGAAAAAAAAAUCUGUGUUUUCAUUUGAAGAAUUUCUUAACACAAAGCCUUCAGUACUGGGGAUUUGGUAAUCUGAGGAGUAGCUCAUUAGUCCUGAAUUGGUUUUCAUCAUUUCUAGCAGCUGGCUGCUGAAGGACUACACUCAAAUAGUCAGGUCUGUGUAGCUGAGAGUCUUCACACUGCCUGAUAAGCCCUAAACCUAGUGGUCUCAUGGGGGUUUUAACAGAAUUACUUGAUGGUAGCGUCUCUGUAGAAUAUCAUCCCAGUUGGAGGAGGAAGAAUAUUUUUUUAUGUAAAAGUACUCAGUUAACUUAAAAUGCAGAUAGAUACCCAUGGUCUUCUCAGCCACUGCCAGGCUGGGGCAUUUGUAGCAUUUCCUGAGCAGUUAGGCUGCUGCUGAAGCCAUUGCUUGGAGCUGGAGAGCAGAGUGAUGAAAUCAUAGAUGAGGAGGAGCCCUGCUUGCUCACUUGAGUGCAGGCUCAAGCACUCACACCCUUUGUGUGCUGCUGGAACUGUGCAGAGUGCAGUUCAUUAAAAGCUGGGUGUUUUUUCACUUUAAUUGGCCAAGCCGUGACAAAAGAGCCCAGUCACUGAGCAAAUUACGUGUCAGUGUCCCUCAGACCAGACAGGAACACAUCACUGCCACUUGUACCCAGCUUCUCCUGUGUGUCUGACAGCCUCUGGCCCCACCUGCAGCUGAAUCUUAGUUUGUCAGAAGUGGUAUAGGGGGAAUUCUCCUGUGUGUGACGUCAUGUGGUGGCAGUGAAGGGUGUGGAGAACUUGACAGUUGUGGAAUGCAAGCUAGGUCUAAGCUGUUUUGGGAGAAAAGAAAACUCAAAACUCUCCUUGAACAUAGCCCACUUAGGCCAGUGGCAGUGUGUGGCAGAGCUUUGCAUGUCAUGUUCCUGAUGGUAGUUGAGUGGCAGAGCUGAGGUUCCUGUUCUGAAGCAUUUUGGAAGGGGAUGUAGUAUGGCUCUGAACACCUGCAUGUGUCUGCUCUCCCCUCUGCUGGAGGCUGUGGCCUAGUAAAGCUAACUAAUAAAGAAUCAGGUUUUCCCCCAC